AUGUCACAUCCGCUCGCGGCAGCAGUGUGGGAGCAGCUAAGCCGUCGGGAUCUCGAAAACAUCAUCCACGAAAUCAUAGGGGAGCAUGCGGCGAGACUUGCCACAAGCAUCGCUUUGAGCGCAGGUCAUCAUGGCCAUGCGCCGGACAUGGAGUCUCUGACGCAGUCAGUCCUGUGGAUACAGACACUGUUCAAUAUGCAACGAACGUAUCUCCAGGGCCUGGCCACUUCGCAGGACUGCAAUCCUUAUUUUGCCCCGUACUUAGUGUCAUCCGAUAUUAUCUUCUCAACGUUGAUGUAUUUGACGAAAGUCAAGGUCGACCUUUUUCCCUGCGCAAAGCCGACGGCCUCGGAAUCUUUGAGAUAUCGCCAGCUCAUAGGACAUACCUUUCUCGUCGGCAUUCGGCUUCUCGUCCUGCGCGGCGAGCCUAUGAAUUCCGAGACGAAAUUCAGACUGGAACGGGCGAUGCGGUCUGCUUGGGAGCACCCUGAUCUUUCCAAGUCAGAAAGCUUCCUGAUUAACGACCUGCUCCCGAAGGCGAUUGCCAGUAUCGGAUCGACGGACUUAUUUCAUGCUCAACAAUCACUACUAAGAUCUAGUAAAGCCUACAUCCCCGUAUUUUCGUCUGGUAUUUAUCCUUUCCCUGGUGCGCCAGACACUCUGGUGACGGACCUUUUGACCGCGCUCAUGAGGAAAAAAGAUGACCAACUGACAUCUUUUUACCUCCUAUUCGAUCUUUUAUGGGCAGCUGAGUCCGCUCUGAUACACUGUCAUAUUGACCGCCGUCGGUUUUCCCAAGAGCAAGGACACGCAAGUGCCGGUGCGAUAAAGGUAGAAGAGGCUUACACCCAGACGCAAGACAACAGAAAAAAGCUAGCUAGGACAAUUCUGGCUGCAUUCGACGACGAAUUCGACACUCCAUCCUUGCAAGUACUUGCAACAGUGAUACUGAGCCAAAACGCCGGCGAACAUGCUCCUCUGCAGACCAGAAGAAUUAGAGACUCGUGGGGCAAGCUUUCGCCGCUACGGGAUUCCACGGAUUCAGCCCUAAGUCUGCUAAUGAGAUGGCUGGUCAACCGCAGGGUCCAGCUCUGGGACUGCAAUGGAGAAUUGGAAGCUUUCUCGCAUGAUUAUCAAAAACAUCUGACCCAAUGGUUGCAUAAUUCGUCUUCACAGGCCUUCGGCCAUCCAACCCAAAUGAAGAGGGGGAAUGUGGGUGCUGUGUACGUUGUCAACUGCCCUGCAGUCCACCCAGUUCCUGAGGCGCUUCUGGAGGAACAGCUGAGGAGCUCGGACAGGAAAGCGUACGAACAAUUACAAGACAAGUCCCGAUUUCUCACCAUGAAUGCAAUGUGUCCCCUUUGUCCUGGAAAUGUAAAGAUACAGCAUGCCCGUAUGAUCGAAUCACUUGACCAGGCAUCGGACGCCCUACAUAAUACUGGUUCGGAAAGCAGUGGACGAUACUCCUUGCAAGACUCGGUAUCAAGACACACAACGUCGCGAUCAAGCUCGAGGACCAACUCUACAGACCAGUUAUCGCGUAUGGGUUCGGUCGACGGCUUGAGAAGUCCCGUAUCACCUACCUCAUCUAGCCUGUCCUUCUUCAAACUAUCCAGCAAAAGCCACUCGCCAACGACGCCCGAUGUUCUGAAUCCGUUCAUUGCUCGCCCGCGAACGGGCCAGUCACAAGAGAAGCAGUUAAUUAGGAACCACUUCCCUUUUCAGGAGAGGUUCUGCGAAGUCUUCGAAGGGGCAAAGUCCGCCUCAACAGCCAAGGUUCUGUUUUUCGGCUUCCGGACAGAGUCUUUUGAUCUGGGACCAGCAGAGCAUUAUGAGCUCUUAGUAUUCCGAAACAAGAGCGCCAUUCCUGAAGCAAAGCUGACUAUUGAAACGCCGCAUUUAUCUUCGCCGAUUACCUCUAUGGUUAUGUCUCGUGAUGAUAAAUACGUGGCAUUCACUCUCAGAGACGAAGUCCGAGUAUAUGAAAUUUGUACGACUGAGAUUUCUCAGGUUCAACUGGGUGGUAAAACAGGCUAUUAUGCCGUUGGAAAUGUCCCAGAAGCACACUUCAGUGGUAAGCAUGAGACAUCAGGACAAGGUCGAAAAGGCGUAGAAGAAGUCAUUGCCAGGAAGCUCCAAUUUUCCGUUGAUGGCAGACGCUUCAUUGUCGCUACACAUCUCGGAAACCAAUACGCUUAUGUCGACGUGUGGAAUUGCACUCAACGGCAAUGGAAGCUUGAACCAGGUGGCUCCAAAUCCUUUAAACUCCCACCUUGGAGCACUGAUGAUGGAGAUCUCACCUGUGUGUUCUACGACAGCUUUAACGAAACGGUCAUUCUCACAGCAUUUCUCGCUAGAGAAUACCCGAUAUCAUUCUCACUCUCUGGCGAGGCGCCCAGCAAUGGCACCAUUAGUCCCAGAAUAGUACAUGGAGCCCAAUCACCCUCAGGCUCACGGUUCGUGCUAGCAAACGGUAUGAAGCAGAUGUAUCUGUGCGACUCGACCGCCAGCGGGUCUCUCAUCCCGACGAAGAUGAAGAAGGCAAUAUCCAAGAUCAGCCCCUCGGCUUUUCAGCCCAGUCAGCUUGCAUUAUCAUUUCCUGGGGAGAAUGAGGUGUUUGCGUUCUGGACGAGAGAGGGCAAACUGAUGCUCCGAACGAUUAGCCUGCAUGCCGGUGGGGAGGCUGUCAGCGACUAUGAUCUGCGGUCAGAAUUCGACCGGUUGCUAGUAGAUCGUCCACUGGCUGACUUCCACCGGUCGCGUCACCAGCCAUCAUCGCUCUCGCGGCAGAUCGACUCAGAAAUAGAAGGGUUGCAGACUCAACCGAUACCCAGACCCAAUCUGCCGGAAUUGCCGGCCGCCUAG